AUGUCGCCCUCCGAGAAACUGCUCAAUUCCACAAAUUCCACUCAGAACGCCAAAGAGAUGCCUGAAGAUUUUUCCCUUCUGUUUGAACUCGUUUUCGUAGUAGGUGUCGUGCUCAUCGGGGGUAUUGCCAUGAUUAUUAUGGUAUAUACUAUUGAGAGUUAUAGACACAAGAAGAGAAAAAGAAAGAUUCUUGUCAACAAAGAGUUGCAAUCACAACCAGAUUCACAACGAAAUCCAAAAACUGUUUCGAAACCAGCGACUCGCGCUAGAUACGAAAUGGAGAAGAAUCUCAUUAUUGGACUAGCAGUCGGAGGUGGACUUUUCGUUCUAAUGUCUUUCCUCAUCUGCUGUUGUAGGAAUAGGGUUGGUGGUAGCAGGUAUGGCGGUGGCGACGGUAAUUACGGCCCCGAUGGUGGUGAUGGUGGUGACGGUGGUUCUUGA